UCUUUAAAUUCACUUGUCACAAGGCAAAUAUUUGCACAGCUUUAUUUUAUAUUUUAACAACUUAACAACUUCUUGAAACGCAUUUUUAUUGUUUUGUCACACGUUUCGUUCAUUUUUUAGUCGAAAUUAUGAUUAGGGGUUCCCACUUUUGCAUAAUUCAAGAGGAAAAAUCCUACAAAUUAAUUUAUUGCAACCUUGAAUUUAAUCACUGUUGUGAUAAGGGCUGUUGCAAGGAAACAACUUUUGGCCCCAUCUACGUAACAAAAAUUGAUCAAAAUCACUUUCCGUCAACCCCCACCUUCCCAACCUACGUUUGGUUGGUACUGGUGCUUGGUGUUUUUUGUUACAUUCUGUUGUACAUUUGCCACAUUUUGAAAAAAAAUGAUGAUGAAAGCAGUACGCCCCCACAAACGCCCGAACUUAACCUCACUUUGUCGUUCAACCAAUCAGGAGCUGGCAAUUUUAAUAUGCACCUCCCUGCCAUUCCGCUAACGCCCAGGACUCCGCCCCCUGGUUACAUGACGCUGACUCCGCCCCCCACCUACAGUGCGGCCAUACAUUUUCCUCCAAUUGGGGAGAAAAUGGCCGAAACGAAAUGUUAAAAGCAAUAAAUACGUUGACACGGAUUUUAUUUCGACAAAUUUGCAUUUUAUUAUUUAUCUAUAAGUAACACGAAUUUGAUCAAAAGGUUAUCUCAUUGUUAUCACUAUUUGUUUCAAACGUCUACAAUUUCGUAACGAAAAAAUGUUACGAAUUUUAGUGCAAUUUUUGACAAUUGUUUCCCUAACACACUGUCAAAUGCCAUGUGUCAAUAAUUCAAACCCUUAUUUCUGUCAAACGGGUGACAUUUGUUGCGAUAAUGGUUGUUGUACCAAACCCUACAUUAUACCCAAAGUCAGUAUAACGCUCGGAAUCAAUUUAUUUCUCUUCGUUUUCUUUUUAUCCCUUCUUAUUUGGUGUCUUGACAUGACAAAACGGCUAUGUCACAAUGACAUUGACACGAUAAAUGUCAAUUUGGCCGUAUUUGACACUCGCGUCAAUGAUGGAUUGGACGAAAUUAUUGACAUGGACCCGCCCCCUCUUUACAGUGUUGCCAUCCAUCUACCAACUAACAGAAUACCAACCUACGAAGAAGCAACCGAAACGUCACUAUAACACUAUAUAUAUUUUUUGAAAUUUUUUACUCAAAUAAAGACGGCUGUGUGUUGUUUAUUGUUUAGUUGCCUGGCAACUAAGUCGAGGUGGCGCCGCCACUGGUGACAUUGAUGCGUAAAAAGUUGUGUCAAAAUUUUGGCAAAGCCCCCUGUGAUAAAAUGACUCAAAGUAUGUUUUUUUGAGUGUUUGAGGCAAAUUGCGACGUGGUGUGGCCUCGUGACGUCACACUUGCCUCAAUUUGCAAUAACUUGCAAAAUUUUGAGGUUAGGUGAAAUGAUACGUUACGCAAAACCAUGACAAUACUCAAUCUCAAAUUUUUGUUUUUUUUAUUUUUUUGUACCCUGACAAAUGUAAAUUGUUGCACAGUCGACGUGAUAAUCCCAGACGGCCAUGGUUCGUACAUUCGCACCUUUAAUUUUGUCGACUGUAACCUUAUUUUUGAGACGUGCUGUACCGAGGGGUGUUGCCCUAGGUUCAGCCACGCCCAUAUUUGGAUUUUUGCCGGCACUUUUUCAUUCAUUUUCGGGAUUUGUGUGUUUGGCUGUUGGCUCUUAUGUUGUAAGAGGCGGGGCGAGGGGCGGGGCCGCCCUCCACCAAUAAGGGAUGAUAAUGGCGAUUCGCCAAUGGUUAAUUUGGUCAUUCCGGAUAAUAACAGGACUGUUGGGGGUAUUCAGAACACCGCCCCGGUGACUCCGCCCCCGAGCUACGAAGAAGCGACCUCUAUGAGGUGACAGGGACGUUGAAUUUGUACAGAUUUUAUACAAAUAUAUUUUUUGAAUAAAUAUUUCUAAAAAUG